GAGGUGGAAGGAGAGGGAGGAAGAGUUUAUCUUUGCAAUACCAAACCCCGUCAUUCAUUCGUUUUCGGUAUAGCUCCGGGCUGGGAUGAACAGGACUCUCCAGGGAUUUCAAGGUGUGACUGCUUGUAUUUUUACAAACAGUGGACUAAAGAGACAACUCAGAUCAACACUUGUUCCUGAUAUUGAGGUCCACUAGUUCAACAGACUGGACUCUUGUCCUGUACUUGAUUUGUCGUGACACCCUGUCACCCGCAAUUUUCCAGGAUGUGACUGAAUCAAGAGGACAUGAUGGAAUCUGGUCUGUCACCUUCAGCAGACCCUCUUCACCUUAAUACGAACAGCUAUGCCAAUAAGAGCAACAGUAGCUGGGAUGGCCUGUUGGAUGGUGACUUGCUGAGGAGCAACCAUACCCUGAACUUCCCUUACAGCUUUCAGAAUGCCAUGCUCGGGGUGUCUCUGGGACUUCUUUCCCUCCUCACAGUCGUGAUGAACCUGCUCGUCCUCUACGCAGUGAAGAGAGAGAAGAGCCUUCAUACUGUCGGUAACCUCUACAUCGUUAGCCUGUCUGUGGCGGAUCUCAUCGUGGGGGCCACAGUUAUGCCUCUUAAUUUGGUGUAUUUAUUGGAGGAUGAAUGGAAGCUUGGGCGGGCUGUCUGCCAGUUUUGGCUUAUUAUGGACUAUGUUGCAAGCACCGCAUCUAUUUUCAGUUUGUUUAUCCUGUGUUUGGACAGAUACCGCUCCGUCAGACAGCCACUUAAGUACCUCAAAUACCGGACACGUGGGAAAGCCAGUGCCAUGAUAUCAGGGGCCUGGCUUCUGUCGAUGAUGUGGAUUAUUCCGAUUUUAGGAUGGAGGUCUUUCACUCAUGUUGACCUAAAACCAGAGGAGGAGAACAAGUGUGACACAGAUUUCCGCUUCGUCACAUGGUUUAAGGUCAUCACUGCUGUUUUUAACUUCUACAUACCUUCGAUUUUGAUGGUGUGGUUUUAUACGCACAUCUACUUGGCAGUGAGGCAACAUCUGAGGGACAGGGAGAGAAUCAUUCAUCCCACUGAUUCAUUCGGGGAAAAUGAGGUUGGACAGAAAGCUCUAUCGCCAGUGAAAAAUGUCUCAAAAUCGCCAAAGCAGGAAUGUGAAGUUCCAAUGAAACUAUCAAAGAGAGAGCGUUUGUUGGACCAGAACACUCUCGAUCAAGUAUAUUCCCUUGAAGAGACAGACAAAACCAAAGCUGCUUCAUCCAGAUCGCACAGAAAAAUUGGUGUAAAGUGCCAGCAGACGUCGUUACUUGCCAUGACAUCAAAACGACUCAAAAGAUGCUCAUUGUCUCCUGAGGAGAAGCAGCCAGAUGUUGAGACUCCCUUGAGUCAACCUCUCCAGCAGGAAGUAAACUGUCCUGAAGGUAACAACGAUAACAAACUUCAAGCAUCUUUAAAUGAAUGUCACGUCACAGUGCCGAACUCAGUGAGUGGUGUCAGUGAUGUUGGCCUGGUUUCAGAUGUGCAGAAGCUUGCAUCUGCGCUCAACAACUUCAGUCCAAGCUGCACUCUUCCCUGGACUGACGAAGGAGUCGGAGAUGCCAAAGAGGACCCAGAUAAUGCUGUGACUCUGAGACAGACAUGGCAAAGGUUCCUUUACCAGUCACGCCAGCGAAUCCAAAGCCUGAGGAUCCACAAAGAGCACAAAGCAGCCAAACAGUUAGGUUUUAUAAUCGCUGCUUUUUUGCUGUGUUGGAUACCGUACUUCAUUGUUUUCAUGGUCAUGGCGUUCUGUAGAGAAUGUGUGCAUCAUGACCUUCACAUGUUCACAAUAUGGCUAGGUUAUAUCAACUCCACUCUCAACCCUUUUAUAUACCCGCUCUGCAAUGGGAACUUUAAACGUGUCUUUAAAAGCAUUCUGAAAAUUGGUUUGUGAGGCAGAGCAUGCAGAACAAAAGGUAUGAAAAUGUGUGUUUUAUUCCCAAAUAAGAGGGGAAAAUUGCUGCAUUUUGCCUCUAAACCUAAGAGUUUAAAUAAGAUUGUAAAUGUGUUGUGAAUGUCUGUUAUUUGAGUCUUGUUUGGAUCUUAUUUCACAACAUCAUGCACUUUAACCCAGACUCA